AUGGUUGCUCCUUUCUGGACCGACGUGGACACCACAAGAAACACAGGUCGUGUCUUCUACAGGGAGGUUACAUCAACAACAGACCCGGGACUAAUGCAAAGAGUUAACGUAAUCAUACAUAAUGCCUUCCCAGCCGUUCGAAAGCUGUCGGCCACGUGGGCAUUUGUUGCCACGUGGAACAAUGUCACAUAUUUCGGUGGGGAUCGAUAUACUCCUACAAACACAUUCCAAGCAGUGUUGGCGACCAAUGGGAGACACUCGUUUGCCAUCUUCAACUACGCUCAGAUAACCUGGACAACUGGAACUGCUAGUGGCGGGGACAGAAGUACCGGUCUGGGAGGCACACCAGCACAGGCUGGUUUCGACUCCGGUGAUGGUGAAAACUACUUUGCGAUGAAGGAAUCUCGCACGGACGCCAUAGUUAACAUCUCCAGCACUAGUAGUGUCCAGACUCCCGGACGCUGGGUGUUCCAAAUAGACAAGACUAAAGUGGAGAAAGGAGGGUGCAAUACAGAGGGCACCUUGGUGAUUUCUCCCGUCAGAGGAAACAUUCUCGGAGGAGAGGAGAUCUUGCUCUCUGGGCCUUGUAUGGAUCCGGAAGUGCAUGAUAUCAAAUGUAAAUUUGGUGACGUCACAGUGGAGGGAAAACACCACAAAGACAUGACAGCCAAGUGUAUUACACCGCCGCUCUUUGUCAUGGGGAGAGCAGAUGUACAGCUUUCCAUCAAUGGGGGCACCGAUUUCACACAUAGAGGAUUUUUUAUACCAGAAUACAACGAGGCAUUCUCUAAAGUCACACGUACUGACCAUACAAAAUGGCGCGAAAGUGGUCCAUAUUACAUAGAAUGGACGCCAGAGCAGGUUCUAGAUGGUGCACAGAACGCAGAAACUGUGGACAUAGAUCUUCUUGCAUUUGGGGAGCCGAAAGAUGGCGCGAUGGAAAAAAACUGGUAUACAUUGGCUAAGAAGGUACCAAACAACGGUAAAUUUGACCUGGGCACGGUUGCCGUGAAAUUCAGAAAGACAGAGUUUAUUGGAGCUGUGCGUAUAACACGGUCCCUCCCAUACUCUAACACAGUCUCUUACCCAAACCCAUGUCAAGGAUUUGAGAAAGAACACAAGUCGAUAUGCAGGAGGCCCGCCAUAUGGACAGAUAUCCACGUGCUUCAGUGGCACGCCUACAAUCACCUAGCAACGGUACUGCAGGAGGGGAAGAUCCCAAGCGGCUUUCUUAAAGAAACAUUUUAUCAAAUACAACAACUCAAUUUAUUCGGCGGCACAUGGGAAGAUACUAAAAGGAACAUCCACGAGCAGUCUCGUGCCAUUAAUUCCAUCUGGUGUAGAAAUUGGUACCAAAAUGACAAAUUCAAGUACGAAAUAUUGCCACAAGAUCUCCCACCAUGUCCCGUCACUUUACAGCAAGCCCUUCGAGACCGAGGCCGUUUCCAUGCCGACCCAACAUGUCACCGUGGAGACAACAACGGUUGUAACUUACAUCCGGGAGCUUUCCAUUGCGUCCGCUCAAAUGAAUGCAGUGGAUCGGGAGCCGGCCAACAAUGCUGCUAUGAUCAGCAAGGCAAUCUCCUUAAUGUGGCCGAUAAUCACGGUGGAGGAACCAUGGAUAUAUCGUACUACAAGGGAUGUCGUAAUCCGGCCGUGGUGCCGUAUAUCAGUCACUUCUACACAGACUUACGUCCACACGCCUGGUGCUGUCACAGUUCUGGUGACAAGGCCCUGUGCUCUGAGACGUACAUGGAGAGACGGCCCUCCCAUGACGGCAGAGGGUACCAACCGCCCAGACCAGCCACUGGCUUCGGCGACCCUCACGUGGUGACACUGGACGGGCUGAGCUACACGUUUAAUGGGAUAGGAGAGUACAGCCUUGUAGAGAGCACGAACCAGACGUUCACGUGCCAGGGGAGGACAAAACAAGUUGACGGACAGAACGGUGAGCAAGGCCUGGCCUCCGUGUGGACAGCACUGGCCAUGCGCGGCCACAACACAAGCAGGGUCCAGGUAUCUUAUAGUAAACUUUGGGGGAUGGAGGUGUUCGUAGAUAACGACAUGAUUGACUUUGAUGAAGUAGGAAACAUUGUCCCUGGCAUAGAAGGCAUUGAAAUCGAAAAGGUGGCCAACGAAUCAAAAGCCUAUAUAAGUUUUGAGGAUGAACAAGUAUUUGUUGAUGUGCAGAUUGCAAACGGGGUUUUGAACUUUUUGCUCUACCUUCCCAAUUAUUUGAAGGGGAACGUUAAAGGGCUCCUUGGCGUAUGGAAUGAAGACCCCGUAGAUGACCUUCUCCCACGUGAUGGACAUGUGCUAAGCCCCAAUGCAUCACUUGAAGACAUUCAUUAUAAAUUUGGCGAAACGUGGCGCAUCAGUGAAACGUCAUCACUUUUCACUUACGGCAUCGGUGAAAAUUAUGCGAGCCAUCAAAAUGAAUCAUUCGAACCCAUGUUUGAACCUCCAAAACUCGAAAACGAGACUUUGCAGACCCAGAUGGAGGCUGUGUGUGGGGAAAGCCUCGAGUGCAUGUUUGAUUUUACAAUAACUGGAGGAAACGCUGAAAUGGCCGCAGCGAGUAAAAUGGUGAUGGUUGAAUAUUCUGAAGCGGUCUCUGAAACUAAACCAGUUAUUACCUGUGGUUUUCUGGCAACAUCUACCAUUGUUACAAAAGACAACCUCUCCACCCUGGCGGGCACCAUAGUGACCUUGACCUGCCCCGAAGGGUACGCCCUGAUUGGCCAGAGUACCGUGAAGUGCAAGGAUGAUGGGACGUGGGACAGCUAUGGCGACGCCAAGUGUAGGAAAGCGAGUGAACUCAGCAUGCUGACUACCAUCGCCAUCGCGGUCGGAGCAGCUCUGGGCGCCAUUUUGUUGGUCAUUUUUACUGUCGGCAUUGUCUGCAAGGUACGGAAGAACAAGAAUUCGAACAAUAGAGAACCGCGCUCUUCACUUGGUCAUGUAAACCAAAUAUACGAGACAACAGAGGACUACUGGAAAUAAAUAGCUCCACCGGUGACCUGUGGCACCUGCUAAACUGCCACUGCGUGUAUUAAUAAUUACAAUAUGGCCAUUUCUUUCAAUAUUUUAGCCUGUUGGGCCAAAGAACAUGAUCAAAACUUAAUACGUUUAUUAAGCCAACACUAAUGCAAACAGUAUUAUUCAUUAUCAUUAUUAAUAUUAUUUUUUUGUGAAUGGCCUAAGGUAGAAUGGAGUUAUAUUUUGACGUAAUAUUGAGCCUACUGACCGUGUGGUGAAAGUGGUUCAUUGAUCGAGUCACUUGGAUCCCAUACCUUGAUUUAUACGAUAUUAGGGAAACGUUCAUUUGCUUAAAACACAUGGCGAG